AUGGAGAGCCAGAGCAAAAAACUCUUUAAGUUUUAUAGAGAUCAGCAGAAUAAAGAGCUAUCAAGUAAAAGACUGUUUUUCUAUAGAUUAAACAGAUGGAGAUUUGACCCUCAUGAUACACCAAGAAUGUUUAAGAACAAUAAAAGAGGACAAUAUACUUUGUUGGGAGGAAGAUGGAUACUUGCAGCUUACCUAACCUAUAGAGUCACUCUUCACUACAUUCUACCAGCAAAUCCUCAUUAA